AACCCUAAACCCCACUUCAAAAGCUAGUUCGACUUCCACCCCUCCAAAACCCUAGAAAGGAACCACAGAGGGCAUAGAGGGGAAAGGAAAGAGGAGUGUACCCAAAAUCUCCUCGCUUUGUUGCUUCUUGGGUUCAAGGACUCUGAACCCUUGUUCAUCGUUUCUUAUCGAUGGCGUUGUAUCUUCUUUACGAAUCGGCAUCCGGCUAUGCUCUUUUUCUGGCUCAUGGCAUCGAUGAGAUUGGGCAGAACACUGAAGCUGUUCGUAGUUCAGUGCUUGAUCUCAAUCGAUUCGGGAAGGUGGUAAAGCUCACAGCUUUUCAUCCAUUUGACUCUGCUCUCGAUGCUCUCAACCAGAUUAAUGCUGUUUCUGAAGGGGUUAUGACUGAGGAGCUGAGGAACUUUUUGGCGCUGAACCUUCCAAAAGUAAAGGAAAGUAAAAAGAAUAAAUUCAGUGUGGGAGUUUCGGAGCCAAAGAUUGGGUCACAUAUUUUUGAAGAGACUAAAAUUCCCUGCCAAAGCAACGAGUUUGUUCUUGAACUUGUUAGGGGUGUGCGGUUACACUUUGAUAGGUUUAUCAAGGACCUAAAGCCUGGUGAUUUGGAAAAAGCACAGCUUGGGUUGGGACACAGUUACAGCCGAGCAAAAGUCAAGUUCAAUGUCAACAGAGUUGAUAAUAUGGUUAUUCAGGCCAUCUUCCUUCUUGAUACCCUUGAUAAAGAUGUUAACUCAUUCUCCAUGAGAGUCAGGGAGUGGUAUUCCUGGCAUUUCCCUGAGCUUGUUAAGAUUGUCAAUGACAAUUAUCUCUAUGCCAAGGUUGCAAAAUUUGUGGAGGAUAAAUCACUGUUAUCUGAAGACAAAAUCCCAGCUUUAGCUGAGAUAAUAGGGGAUGAAGAUAAAGCUAAGGAGCUUGUUGAAGCUUCCAAAUCAUCUAUGGGACAGGAUUUAUCACCAAUCGACUUAAUUAAUGUCCAGCAAUUUGCCCAGAGGGUAAUUAAUCUUUCUGAAUACAGAAAGAAGCUCUAUGAUUAUCUGGUUACCAAAAUGAAUGACAUUGCUCCUAAUUUGGCUGCGCUGAUUGGUGAAGUUGUUGGAGCUCGUUUGAUUUCACAUGCUGGUAGUCUCACAAAUUUGGCAAAGUGCCCCUCUUCUACCCUUCAGAUCCUUGGUGCAGAGAAGGCACUAUUCAGAGCAUUAAAAACCCGUGGAAACACUCCAAAGUAUGGUCUAAUUUUCCAUUCAUCUUUCAUUGGGCGGGCAUCUACAAAAAACAAGGGCCGCAUGGCUCGUUAUCUUGCAAACAAGUGUUCCAUUGCAUCUCGUAUUGAUUGUUUCUCAGAAACAAGCACCACUAUUUUUGGGGAGAAGUUGCGUGAGCAAGUUGAAGAAAGACUGGACUUCUAUGACAAGGGAGUUGCACCUCGCAAAAAUAUUGAUGUUAUGAAAGUAGCUAUUGAAAGUACCCAAAACAAUGGUGUGGUAGUCACAGAAGAUGAUGGUGUGAAGAAUGUGGAGAAUACAGAGGUUUCGGCAAAGAAAAGCAAGAAGAAGAAAUCCAAAGGUGAGGCCAUGGAUGUUGAGGAGCCUAAUGCCGUUACAAAUGGAGUGACCUCCGAGGAACCUGCAACGGAAAAGAAGAGGAAGGAUGUAAAUGGAGAACAGGAUGGGACAACGAAGAAGAAGAAAAAGAAAAGCAAGAAUGAUGUAAAUGGAGAGGAUAUCCAAACAGCUAGUGAAGUAAAGAAGAAAAAGAAGAAGAAAACGAGGAGUGAAGAUGAUGAUUGACCAAUAGUUUUGUUACAAGGUAGGGUAGAAAUCUUUCAGGGUCCUUUGUAUUGGUUUAUGUACUCAACCUUUUAAUUGGAAUUAUCGAGUGAACUUGCUAUCUGUUUGAUUUCCUUUAUUGUUUUGAAGCUUGAUAAUAUAUUUGAAGUUUUAUUAGUA